AUGCACUUACCAGCUGACAAGAUUCAAAGAGCCUUGCUCACUACCAGCUCAGUGAUAAAAGUUCCUUUGUCGACUACAGCUCCCAGUGACGCCAUUCAAGCCCCAGAUAACUAUGUGGGGUUUGGAUUUGAGACAGCAUUCAUUAACGACUAUGCAAACACAUUCACCCUGAAUCUACUCAACUCAGUAGGCAAGCGACUUGGAACCGUUCCAACUAUUCGAAUCGGCGGUACCUCUGGGGAUAGAGUGACAUUUGACGAAAGCCAGGAAGAGAUCAAGGUUUGUAUUGAAGGAGACUGCCCUAUUGGAUCAGCUGCGAGUUACAUACUCGGUCCGAGCUACUUCGAUGGAUUCAAAUAUUUUGAAGAUUUCGGGAUUACGUUCCAGGCACCUUUGGGUGCCGAUCUAAAUGUCUCGAAUGCUGAAAUUUACGUAUCACGAGCUUACGAGCAAGUGAAGGAUCUGGUGGCGAUUGCAAUUGGAAACGAGCCAGAUUUGUAUUCUACUCAAUAUGGUGUUGACUAUAAACUUGGUCAAUAUGUCAAUGACUCGCAAACUAUUAUUACGCAUGUUUCGGAGACUUUGGGAUUUGAUGAAGGAGAUCGUGUGUUUGAGGUUCUUGACUUUGCGUCUAACAAGCCUUCGUUUGAUUUAAUUAAUGUGUUUGAAGACAAUUUGUAUAACUCGACCAACGUGAAACUUGCAGCCUGGCAUUGGUAUCAACUCUCAACAGAUUAUACCACUUCAGAGGAGCUACAGACUUACCUAAUGAAUCACACUGCAAUCACCACACACUUCGAACCUCUGAAAUCACAAAUUGCUUAUUUAAAAAAGAAUGAUUCCAGUAUCUCAUUCGUUUUAAGUGAGACUGGAUCUGGAACCCAGAGUUCAAUCGAAAUUCAAGGUGGCUUUGGUGCUGCUUUGUGGUGCAUCGAUUUCCAACUCUACAGCUUAUCCCAGGGUGUAUCUCGUGUGGAUGCAACGCAUCGUCCAGCAGCAUUUCAUAGCUAUUGGGUACCAGAUGACUCUGCCGGAACCAUAAAUCCCGGCCCACAAGUUCGUGCGGUAUGGUAUGCUUUACCAUUCAUCGCAGACUUUCUUGGACAAAGUCCUGGCAAGGUCAGUGAGAUCGACUUGCAAUCGGAUACGCUAGCCGCGUAUGCAAUCUACAAUUCAUCUUCGAAUGAUGUUUCGAGGCUCGCUAUUAUCAAUCUCCAGACCUGGGUUAAUGGAGAUGGGAGUGGAUCUUCUCGUGGGUCGGAAAAUGUCUCUGUGCCGGUUCCGUCUGGUGUUUCUUCUGUUUAUGUGAGGCGUCUUCAAUCUGCUGCGGGUGCGUUUGCAAUGGGAUUUGAUUACGCGGGCCCAGCGGAAAAUGUUACCUGGGCUGGAGAGCAGUGGAGCUAUUCUAUUGAUCAAGGGAAGGGGCAUCGUGUGGAAGGAGUAUCUGAGAAGGAGACAUAUUCAGUUUCGGAUGGGGUAUUCGAAAUUCAGAUCCAGGAUAGUGAAGCUUUGUCUAUUGAGUUUUGA